CGAUCUCGAGUUCUAAGCUUCUCAUCGUCUUCUCCAGUCCCCAUCGGCAUCGACAGGUCGUGCCUGAUUGGAGCAUCAGACGAAGCCGGCACGCAUGGCGAGCUACGGAGACGACGGCGUGGACCUCACCGAGCUGACGCUGGGGCUCCCGGCGCCAAUGCGCGCAAGGCGAGACGAGCAAGGAAGAGAGGCCGGCCGUCGUCAACGUCUGCGAUGUGAGCAUGGACGGGACGCCGUACCUGAGGAAGGUGGACGUGGCGGCGUACGGCGACUACGGCGAGCUCGUCGAGGCGCUCAACUGCAUGUUCUGCUGUGCAUCCAUCGGGCUAAUGGACGGGCACGGCCCGUGGGAGCACGCCGUGGUGUACGAGGAUGGGGACGGCGACUGGAUGCUCGUCGGCGACGUGCCGUGGGAGAUGUUCGCGCCUUCGUGCAAGAGGAUGAGGGUGAUGCGAGCAUGCGAGGCGAGAGGGCUCAGUUCCAACGCGUGACAGGCAGGCCGCUCCGCGCAACCACACAAGACCGAGAACCGCAGAAUGUGCAGGCAUCAUCUGGACGGAACUUGCACAUAGCUCAAGUGGUGAAGCUGACUACGACGCUGGCGCAAUUCUGAGCGAGGCCAUGCAUGUACGAUUCCAUGUACACGAAGACUGCACAUGAUUGGUGGAAAAUAAAUGUUAGUUGAGGCCAGAACGUACGACCGAUCUCCCGCUUGCUGCUUCUCACAUGAGCCAGAUACGGUCGACUUCCCUGAGAUACAAAUAUUUUAAGUUCCGAUGCUCAAUCCAUGUGGAUUAACACCUACAUGUUCUGGUUGUUUCGGCUGUAUCUCGCACGUACAUGAAUCAAGAGUUGCUGCA